CCAAAUUGUAUAAACUACGUGAAUGAGUAAGACCAGUCCUUUUUUUUGUUGUACUGAAGUUAUUUAAUUAUAAGUUAUCUCGUGGAUAGCUUUUUUUUUGUAUAACGGACAAAACGAAACUUGGAAUUGUAUCAGUAUGAAAAAGGGCUGCUCAGAUGAUUUUUGGAGGUAGCUUCUGCAACACGACAGACAUCUUCACCAGCAGGUUCACAAAGCGGGUUCUUCGACGUCAAAGCCUCAAGCCCUUCGGCACACCCUCUUUUCCAUCCACUCCGCCCGAUGCGGAACAUCUGAUGCAGAAUAAUUGCUGGACUAUUAAACUUAAAAAGUGCUCUGUAGCCCUGACAUCACUUAAUUCUCUUCAAGAUGACGUUAGUCAGGCCAACCCGGCUGUAUUUGAGCUGUCAGAAACUGCCCAGGUGGAAUUAUUGAACCAGUGUGAGCAGCAGUUUGCCCAUCUUGAAAAGCUUCAAAAAGAAAUCCUAUUAAGUCUGCCAGACCACAGUGAAAAUCCUCAAGAGCAGUCAGUUAAUCGGCUGUUAGCAACAGAAGCGGAGCUGAAGCAGUGGCUUACAGUGGAACCGAGAUUGCUGGCAGAAAACUCUGAGGUGUUACUUAAAGCUGGAAAAGAGGAGAUGCUCAAGCUAUGCUCUGAACUUGAGAUGGUUCUCUCUUGCUGUGAAGCAAAGAGAGACAAACUGCGAGAAACUAAGGAACUUGAAAGUAAGUGGUUGGAGGAGAAAGGACGAGUGCUAAACGCUGCCACUAAUCAUGCUGCGCGACUAAGACAAAGUGAGCAAUUAUCAGAGCACAACAUUCUGAAGGACACCAAGGAGAAGAUCCGCAAAAUGCAAGUCUAUCAAGAAAGGCUGUUUGAGUGUCUAGGAGAGAUCUUAGAAAAACACGUUCCUUCUCCUCCUCGCAGUCCCCUCAACUCACACAAGAAGAAGAAUAUUCCAAGUGAUCUCAAUGAAGAUUUGCUUUCUCUUCAUGAAAUUCUGGAGCUGCUCAUGAACAAGCCCCUGAGCUCGCCACACGAUCCUUAUGUGACAAUAGACUCAACUUUCUGGCCACCGUAUGUCGAGAUGCUGCUCCGUCAUGGUAUCGCUGUAAGACAUCAGGAGGAUAACUUCAAGAUUCGCUUGGAAACGUUCUUCUGAAACUGGUGUAUUCAUCAUUAUAGUAAUACUAGCAUGCCUGCCAUGCAAUCAGUUUUUCUACUUGCUUUUUUUUAAUGUUAGUGUUCCUUUUGUGAAGAUUAACAAUGCGCAAAAGCAGUUUGCUUAAUGUUUUGCUGCAGGUUUACUGCAUAUGGCAAAAUGCCUUGGCUGGUACUCAUGGAUGAUCCAUUGGCAUCCAAUGUAAGUGUGUUCUUCAAAAAUAAUACUGCGUACAAGGUUUAAUUGACAUUGUGACCAGAGUAUUAUCCAUCCAUACUUUAACAAAAUGUUACUAAUAAUGGAUGUUUUGGGGUAGCAUGUAACCGUAUUAGAACCGCUUCUAGGCACAACUACACCACUGUAAACAACAGCCAUAACAAUGAAGAAUCUUGGCACCCUGGCUCUCUCCGUUCCAGAGCCCCCAAAACCACCACCAUUUGUUUUGCUUUGUUUUUAAUUAAUGGUGAUGUCAUUAUCUCUAACUACAUUUUAAGUUGGUCAUUUAACAUGAUUUUUUUUUUUUGACGACUUUGACCUCUUCAACAUGAUCUGUGCAAGUGUUUCCAUUUUGUAUUUGUGUUUGUCUUUUUGACCUGUUCAAUAAAUGUCUGAAAGUGUG